AUGGCCGCCUUCUCGGAUCCGGACUUCGACUUCAGGCGCUACCUCGAGGAGCGGCCGCGAGCGCCUGACACGCUGUAUGACGAUGUGCUCAGCUUCCACCAGGGCGAGCGCGGCACGGUGCUCGACGCCGGCUGUGGGCCAGGCAUCUCGCUCUUUCCACUCGUGCCGCACUUCAAGCGCGCCAUCGGCGUGGACCCGUCAGAAGGCAUGAUCUCCGAGGCCGGCGGCGCCUGGGAGGCCUACUGCGGCAGUGCGCUGCAGGGCAAGCGGCCCGACACGCUCGUCGAGUUCAAGCAGGGCAGCGCCGAGAAGCUGACCUGCAUCGACGAUGCCAGCGUCGACCUCGUUACGGCUGCCCAGGCGGCGCACUGGUUCGACUAUGCGGCGCUCUGGCCCGAGCUCUCGCGCGUCCUGAAGCCCGGCGGGAGCGUCGCCUUCUGGGGCUACGGCACCAACUUCCUGCCCUCGCACACAGCGCUCUGGCCGCAGAUGGCCGAGUUCAUGUCGUCGCGCGCCCCCGUGCUUGGCCCGUACUGGCCGCUGCCGGGGCGCCGCCUGCUCGAGGACCUGCUUGCGGAGAUCCCGUUCCCCAAAGACGAGGCAGCCUGGGACGUGGCUGGCGCGAAACGCAAGAUGCACACGCUCGCGGCGCCCGGCGUGCCCGAGCUUGCGUCGCCUGCCGAGCCGUACCGGAUGGAGCGCGUCAUGACGUUCGAGCAGCUCAACGGCUACUUCCACACCUCGUCUGCCCUCUCGCGCUUCUACAAGGCGCACCCCGAGCGGCGCAGCGAGAAGCCCGACAUGAUCGACGUGCACGUAGAGCGCCUGCGCGAGGCCGUGCUGGCGGAGCGCAAGAGCGGCACCGGCGCAGAGGAAGGACUCGACGAGCAGCAUGUGCGCGUGGCCUGGCCGCUCGGUCUCAUGAUGAUCCGCAAGCGGGCAUGA